AGCAAAUUAAGCUAAAUUUGCAAAAUUUUAUCUAAAAAAAUAUUUUAAAAAAGGAUAAUAACUGUUAGAUAGAUGGCGGGGGUUGAUAUUCAGGGUUUUUAGGGUUUUAUACUGGCUUACACAUGGAACAAAACGACCUUUUGAAUUUGAUCAUCUUCAAUGGAACAACAAACUAACAAAACCAAUGCUCCCUCCAGGAAGGUUAGAUUUGCACCGAAAGCUCCUACUCGCCGAGCACCAAAGCUGAAGGUUAAAACUGAAGUCAUCGAAGACUCUGAUGCUGUUCAGGCCAGGGAUUUGCUGCAGCGUUUAAAUCAAAUUUCUGCAAAGACAAAGCCUAAAGUUGAAAAGAAAGUUGCAUCUUCACAAGUUGCAUUUGGUUUUGGAGCGGGGUCAACUUCAAUAAAAACAUUUGGAGCUUCCAGAGGUAGUGUUCCUACUCCAGGUUUGAGAGAGGAGAAAGAAUACAAAGAACCAUGGGAUUAUUAUAGUUAUUAUCCUGUAACCCUUCCUAUGAGGAGACCAUAUUCAGGAAAUCCAGAGUUUCUUGAUGAGGAGGAGUUUGCUUUAGCAAAUGCAACUUUCGAAGAAGAUUCAGUGGAGCCAGCAGUAGAGCUUGGUCUAAUGGAGGAGAAUUCAGAAGCAACUAUGUUCUUUAUUCAGUUACCACCAACAUUACCUAUGACAAAGCAAACAGGAAACAUAUCUGGGAAUGAAACCAAUAGCCGUUCAAAACCGGCUGCGAGUGUAGGUUCUGCAAAGAAGACAUGUGGCAUAGAAGAGUUAUCUGCAGGUUUCAUGGGUAAAAUGCUCGUGUAUAGAAGUGGUGCUGUCAAGUUAAAGUUGGGGGAUACCCUUUAUGAUGUCAUACCAGGUUGCAAUGGCGAGUUUUCCCAAGAUGUUGUAGCUGUUAAUACUGGAAAGAAGCAUUGUUGUGGUGUUGGGGAAAUUGACAAGCGAGCUAUUUUAACCCUAGAUGUUAAUUCUGUUUUCAAUCAUUUGACUGAUCUUUGAUGGCUUCUGCUUCUUCACAUUUGAUUAGUGGUUUACACAGGAAAUUUAGAAAAUAAAA